CCCCUGGGCCGGGCGCUGAGGCGGGCCCCACUGGGCCGGGCCCGGGCCGGGCUUGGGGGGCCGCCCCUGCUGCUGCCGUCCAUGCUGAUGUUCGCGGUGAUCGUGGCCUCCAGCGGGCUGCUGCUCAUGAUCGAGCGGGGCAUCCUGGCCGAGAUGAAGCCCCUUCCCCUGCACCCCCCCAGUCACGAGGGCGCGGCCUGGCGCCGGGCCCUCCCCAGGCCCGGAGGGCUGUCCCUGGAGACCGGGGACUCGGACUUGCAGGUGGCCUGCUCUAACUGGAAGCGGGUGCUGAAGGUGCUGUCAGGCGUCCUGGACAGCGUGGACGUCCGCCUCAAGAUGGACCACCGCAACGACCUGGUGUUCCUGGCCGACCUGCGGCCCGAGGAGAUUCGCUACCGCCUACAGCACUACUUCAAGUUUCUGUUUGUGCGGGACCCCUUGGAACGCCUUCUCUCUGCCUACCGCAACAAGUUUGGCGAAAUCCGAGAGUACCAGCAACGCUAUGGAGCCGAGAUCGUGAGGCGGUACAGGGCGGGCGCGGGGCCCAGCCCUGCAGGGGACGAUGUCACCUUCCCCGAGUUCCUGAGAUACCUGGUGGACGAGGACCCUGAGCGGAUGAAUGAGCACUGGAUGCCCGUGUACCACCUGUGCCAGCCUUGCGCGGUGCAGUACGACUUUGUAGGCUCCUAUGAGAGACUGGAGGCUGAUGCCAACCAGGUGUUGGAGUGGGUGCGGGCACCACCCCAUGUACGAUUCCCAGCUCGCCAGGCCUGGUACCGGCCUGCCAGUCCUGAAAGCCUCCACUACCACCUGUGCAGUGCCCCACGGGCCCUCCUGCAGGAUGUGCUUCCUAAGUAUAUCCUAGACUUCUCCCUCUUUGCCUACCCACUGCCUAAUGUCACCAGGGAGGCCUGUCACCAGUGACUGAGUAUGGGCCAGCAGCUGUUGGGGACUGGUUUUGACAGUGCCAACUGCCGGCCAUUCAGAAAAUCCUAGCUCCAGGGGCUUGGGGCCUCUCCAGAUGUCCGGAUGGCAGGGACUGGCUGGCCUCAGGAGUUCCUUGUCCAGGGCAAUGCCCACCAUGGCUCAGAGGACCAGGUUGGACAAGAGGCCCAAUGCUCCCCGCUGAGGGAAUUUCUUAGGGGCCACACGACCCUGCUUGCUCUGGCAUGGCUAGACACCAGCUUGCCAGUGUGACAGAUCUCUUCCAAAGACUGGCUCCAGGGCCCCCGGGGCUGCAGGAAUUGUGCCGUCCACUUGGUCCACCUUAACCUGUGGCCAAAACCUAGAAGUGACACCAAUCAAGAGAAUGACCAGAGCCAGGGGUCUGGUCACCCAUUCACUCACGCUAUGCGGCUUGGGGCUGGAGUCAGCAGUCGUGCCUUUUAAAUGACUUUUGUGCCUUUCUGCUUCAGACUCAAUUUCCUACGCUUUCCAGGUUCUUUCCAUUUUUUCCAAGGAAAGGAAAACUGAGUCAGGGCCCUUGCCUGGCCCUGCGCAAGUCCAAAGACCCCUGUGCCCAGACUUUUUUGGGGGGGCCUGGGUACCUCCUCCAUUCCCCCAUGGUUAUAACUGGCUGGUGUAACUGGCUGCCACUUUUCUGACUCAUUUAUUUAAAAUUUGUACUUUUUCAUAGAACCCUUGUGAAGGCUUUGUUUUCCAGGUUGCUGAAUUUUUAAUAAAGCAGUUUUGUAUACAAA